AUGAGAAUUUCUAUACCACGAAAGGAAACAAGUAGAGAAUUGUUUCUGAGUUUUCCUUCCAGCAGUCUUGCAAAAGAUACAAAUCGACUGGAUGAAAUUGUCAAUUUUCUUCUUCUUCUUCUUCUUCUUCUUCUUCUUCUUCUUCCUUCUUCUUCUUCUUCUUCUUCUUCUUCUUCUUCUUCUUCCUCCUCCUCCUCUUCUUCUUCUUCUUCUUCUUCUUUCUCUUCCUCUCUCUCCUUCUCUCCCCUCUCUUCCUUCUACCUCUCUCUCUGUCGCCUCCCUGUCUCUCCCUCUCUCUUGUCUCCCCCUCUCCCCCAUCUCCUCCUCUCGUUCUACCUCUCUCUCCUUCUGUCUCCCUCUUUCUGUGUCUUACUCUCUCCCCACCUCGCUUUCCUUCUUUUUCUCACUCAAUCUCUCCCUCUCUUUCUCUCUCAGUCUCUCUCUUUCCUGCACUGUCUCUCUCACCCCGUUCUCCCCCCUUUCUCUCUCUACCUCUUCUCUCCCUCCCUCUUUCCUCCUCCCUCUCUCUUUGUCGCUCUCCUUGUCUCUCCCCCUCUCUCCUUGUCUCUCCCCCUUUCUCCUCCUCUCGUUCUCCCUCUCUCUCCUUCUGUCUCCCUCUUUCUGUCUCUUACUCUCUCUCUCCCCCUCUUUUCCCUCUCUUUCUCCCUCAAUCCCCCUCUCUCUUUCUCUCAAUCUCUCUCUUUCCUGCACUGUCCCUCUCACCCCCGUUCUCCCUCCCCCCUCUCUCUAUCUCUCUCGUUCAUUUCACGCUAUUUUUUGUGA